AUGCUCCCAUCUUUGUUAUCAUUAACUUUGGCAGGUUGUGAUCUUAAAACUAUUCCUCCUGUUUCACACAUUAAUUUCACUUCUCUUACUUCCCUUGGCCUCAAAGGGAAUGGCUUUAGUUCUCCAAUUCCUCUCUGGUUCUCUAAUAUGACUUCACUCAUGAACCUUCACCUUGAAGGUAACUACUUCUUUGGUCCAAUUCCUGACUCCCUUUUGCACCUGACCUCUCUUACUUUGCUUCAUCUUUCUUCCAAUAGCUUCAGAACUUCAUUACCAGAUUCACUGUGUAAUUUGAGUAGCCUGGCUUAUGUCGAUUUGAGUUUUAAUCACUUUCAGGGAUCACUUCCAGUUUGCCUGGGGAAACUAUCUUCUCUUGCUAUACUCCAUGUUCAUUCUAAUGAGUUUUCUGGUACCAUUCCUACAAGUCUUGGGCAGCUCACUGAACUGCAAAGGUUACGUCUUGCAAACAAUCCAUUUACUGGUAUGCUGUCUGAUUUCCACUUUGCCAAUCUUAGGGAACUCAACUUUCUGGAUAUUACUUCAAGAGUUGGAAUGUAA